UUCCGGUGACCGCGUACGCAUCCAAGGCAGCGGGAUGGAGGAGGUGCCUCACGACUGUCCGGGAGUCGGCAGCGCCCAAGCAGGUCGAGGGGCCUCAUGUCAGGGGUGCCCCAACCAGGGACUCUGCGCUUCUGGAGCUGGUGCCGCUCCGGACCCGGCCAUAGAGGAAAUCAAAGAAAAAAUGAAGACCGUGAAACACAAGAUCUUGGUGUUGUCUGGGAAAGGCGGCGUUGGGAAAAGCACAUUCAGUGCCCAUCUGGCCCACGGCCUAGCGGAAGAUGAAAACACACAGGUGGCUCUUCUAGACAUUGAUAUAUGCGGACCGUCAAUUCCCAAGAUCAUGGGAUUAGAAGGAGAACAGGUUCACCAGAGUGGCUCGGGCUGGUCUCCAGUGUUCCUGGAAGACAACUUGGGGGUGAUGUCGGUGGGUUUCUUGCUCAGCAGCCCCGAUGAUGCCGUCAUCUGGAGGGGACCAAAGAAAAAUGGCAUGAUCAAGCAGUUCCUCCGAGACGUGGACUGGGGCGAGGUGGACUACCUCAUUGUGGACACCCCACCCGGGACGUCGGACGAACACCUCUCGGCCGCGCAGUACCUGGCCGCAGCGCACAUCGAUGGGGCGGUGAUCAUCACCACACCGCAGGAGGUGUCGCUCCAGGACGUCCGGAAAGAGAUCAACUUCUGCCACAAGGUGAAGCUGCCCAUCAUCGGGGUGGUGGAGAACAUGAGUGGCUUCAUCUGCCCCAAGUGCCAGAAGGAGUCUCAGAUAUUCCCGCCGACGACUGGGGGUGCGGAGGUCAUGUGCCAGGGCCUGAAGGUCCCGCUUCUCGGCAAAGUGCCUCUGGAUCCACGCAUAGGUAAGAGUUGCGACAAAGGACAGUCUUUUUUGGUUGAAGCACCGGAUUCACCAGCCACUUUAGCCUACAGAAGUAUAAUUCAGAGAAUCCAGGAGUUCUGUAGUCUGCGUCAGCCAAAAGGGGAGAACCUCAUCGGCUCCUGAAACAGGAGGACGUUAGGAACACAAGCAGCACAUCCCAUCACACCUGACCAGCUGGGUGACAGAGCAGGGGUCACAGGCAGAGAGGGACCAGCCCCAGGCAUGGUGUGAAGUCACUUUUUCAGAGACACUUUAAUCAUCUAACAUUUGUACACUUUUCUUUAGAACAUAUGUAAAGGGCAUUCUUUACAGGUGUGCCGUUUUAAAAAUAAAAACAUCUCCUCAAACCUCUGCCCCAAGGCCUGCUUCAUGUAAAAAACCAGCGGCUUGUGGGUCACAGAAUUUUCUUCUCUGUCGGAAGCUGUUCCAUUACAGAACCUCUCACUUGAGCCUUCGCUGCCUUGGAAAAUAAGCCUGAAAAAGAACCAAAGGGACAAAGUGGUGAAUGUGUGGCUUUGCUGCAGAUAUACAGUCACGGUUUCAGACAGCAUAGUGCAAACGCUGUUCCUCAGGUGGAGAAAAAUUUAAAGCAGUGAUUGAUAGAUCCUCCUGCUGGGGCUUGUCCUGAGGUCAGUGCACACCACGUGGCUGGGCGUAGUCAAAAAACCCUCGAAUCACCCACAUGAGAAUAGAUUUGGGGGUCAGUGUCAACACCCUGUAUAGGAAUGUGUGUUCACUAUAUCCAGCAAUUUCCAGUGUCAGACAACUUACAGGGUUUUUUAACAUUACAUAAAAAGGAGAGAGAUGCAAACUCCAAGAAGCUCCUU